CAAAGUACCAGCCAUGCUGCUGACGAUAAACUCUUCAGUCUCCACCUCCCUCCUCACCAAAUCUCCUUCCAUUCCAAUCACCACUUCCAGCUUCCCCAAUUCCAACCCAGCAACUGCCGUCAGAACCCCAAGAUGGAACCCGCAGGCCCUUCAAUUUCGGGUCUCCUCGUCCGCCAAUCGGACGGUCGAGGUCGCAUCACCGCCGGAAAAUGUCGGUGGAGCUGAUUGCGCUGCGGAAUCUGGAGCGGACAUCGUGAGGAAAUUCUAUGGAGGAAUCAACGUCCAGGAUUUGGCUUCUGUGGAGGAGCUCAUCGCAGAGAAAUGUGUGUACGAGGACCUGGUUUUUCCUCGUCCUUUCGUUGGCCGCAAGGAUAUACUUCAGUUCUUUAAAAAGUUUAACGAUUCUGUUGGCAAAGACCUUCAAUUUGUUAUUGAUGAUAUAUCCACCGAGGAUUCCGCAGCAGUUGGGGUGACAUGGCAUUUAGAAUGGAAUGGGAAGCCUUUUCCGUUUAGCAAAGGAUGUAGCUUUUAUCGGUUGGAAGUCGUCAAUGGCAAGAGACAAAUAAUCUAUGGGCGAGAUAGUGUCGAGCCUGCUAUCAAGCCUGGGGAUACUGUGUUGGUUGCGAUCAGAGGUGUGGCCUGGCUUCUUCGACAGUUCCCUCAGCUGGCUGACCGGUUUUAAAGUUGUUUUUUUCCACUCACUUUUUCUUAUCUUACAGAGAUAUAAACAUAAUCUACAGUGGUCUUGUAUGAGAAAGCAAAAAUGUAUAUACACAGUUGCACAUAUAUAUAGUAUCCACAUGUAAGUAUGUUCACUUACUUUGUUGCCGAUCCCAUUUACAUAACAAUGGUCCAAUUAAAGAAGGCAUAAUUAUUUGAGGAAAAAGAAAGACAAAAAUCCUCAUCUUGGGAAA